AUGGAGUCAUUUGGAGCAGUGGCUGAGUCCUUUGCACAAAAAGAAGGAGGGCACAUUCGCCAAGCGCUUCAACUAAUAGACAAGAGACAAUAUGCAAAAGCCCUUAAGCACGUCGACAAGGCUUUAGAAACUUACCCAGAAAAUGGUGAUGCUUUAUCCCUCAAAGGAAACAUUUUAAGCUCUCUAGGCCGUAAGGACGAAGCAAUAGAUUUUGCCAAGCGCGGAUUAAUGAAAAACUUGAAAAGCGCUUUAUGCUGGUAUUCUCUCUCUUUAAUACAAAAUAAUGACAGAAACUAUGCAGAGGCUUACAAAUCAAUACAAAAAGCCAAUACCAUCAGUCCACAAAACCCAGCUAUUGUCAGAAAUCUGAGCCUUUUGCAGCUCCAAACUCGAGACUUUAAAUCUUUUCGUGAUACAAGACUAGCGAUUUUGACAGGAAAUCCAACAGUCAUGAUUAACUGGGCAAGCUAUGCAGUCGCUGAACACUUAAGUGGUGAUGGUGAAAAAGCUUGCAAAGUGAUAGAAUCGUUAAUCAAGUCAAUGGGAGCAAACUUAAGCAAAAUUGAGCUUUCAGAGAGUUUGCUUUAUAAGGCAAAAAUUUUGGAAGAUAUGAGAAAUUAUGUAGGGCUCGAAAAAUGCUUGAAUGAAAAUAAAUCAGGGAUAUUAGACCAAGUGCUUUGGAAAGAAAUAAUGGUCAGAUGUUUGCUGGAAUUAGGGAAAAAAGAACAGGCUGAAGUGCUAGUUAGAGAGCUUUUGAAUUUAAACCCAGAAAAUUCAAUUUAUCAUGAAAUGCUGCAGAGAUGCAAGAAUCCUGAAGAAAUUUUAGGUUUAUAUACAGAGCUCCAAGGGGCAUUUCCACGAAGCACCAUGAUGUUUAGGCUAGAACUUGACUUAUUAGACGUAGCAGGAUUCCCUGCAGCUUUUGAUAGGUAUAUGAUCAAACGAGUUCGCAAAGGUAUUCCUUCACUUUUUUCAGAUAUAAAAGGACUCCUCAAAACCCCAGCUAAAGCCGAAACAAUUAUAAACAUUAUUAAAGCUCACAUUGAAGCGCUUACAGCUUCAGGAUCUUUUGCAGUGAUCGAAUAUAAUGCGUGGACCCACGAAAAUGGUCCAAAAGAGGAGCCACAGUGCUUAAUGUGGAUUUUAUUGCUAUACAGCAAAAUACAAGAUUACUUAAAAAACCAUGAAGAUGCUUUAAAGUUAAUUACCCAAGCUAUUGAUCAUACGCCUACAGUACCUGAUUUAUAUCUUACUAAGGGUAGAAUAUUAAAGCAUAUGGGGAGGCUCCAAGAAGCCAUCAACGAAGUCGAAGAAGCAAGAAAUUUAGAUUUCUCUGACAGAUAUCUCAACAAUAAGAGUGCUAAAUAUCUCUUUAGAAACAAUCAGCCUGCACAAGCAGAAGAGUUACUUGGUCUGUUCUCAAGAGAAAGAGGAGAAUUAAAUACUCACGACAUGCAAAGCACUUGGGUUGAAAACGAAAUGGCUGAGGCUUACCUUCGUCUAGGAGAAUUUGCAAAAGCUAAAGCGGAAUUUGAAUGGGUUGAUAAGCAAUAUUCAGAUAUGUUUGAUGACCAAUGUGAUUUUCACUUUUAUGUUAUGAGAAAAAUGAAUUUUAAUUCCUAUGAGAACUUCUUGAAAUUCACUGAUAUUCUUUAUAAACAAAAACCUUUGCUGAGGGCUGGAAAAGGGCUUAUUAGGUGCCACCUAGCGAACCAAGAAGUUUACUCUGCUAAAGAUGCUCAAAAAAUGGCAAGACUUUUGCUUAGCCACCAUCCAGAGGAUGCUGAACUUCAUGACUUGGCCCAGCAGCUUCAUCUCUAA